UGCGCUCGGGUCCAUCGUAGGCGGGAGCAGCAGCAGUGGUCCAGUCUGCUCGGGUUCGGAGGGGGGCUCCCACUUCAGAGGCAGCGCUCUGAGCCGGUGGUGCGCACUCACAAGCCGAAAAUACAUGCCUGCAUCUCGGCGGUGUGGAGCUGUUUGCUGCUGCCGCCGCAUACGAGGGGACGUCGAGCCGACCGCUGAUUCGCUGACAAACACCAGGUGUCUACAUCGCACUGGUAAAUCCCAGGGAAGAUGUCUCAUCGAAGUGGGCAAGAGGACCCGGAGCGGUACCUGUUUGUCGACCGGGCCGUUGUGUACAACCCGGCCACGCAGGCCGACUGGACGGCCAAGAAGCUGGUGUGGAUCCCCUCGGAGCGCAACGGCUUUGAGGCGGCCAGUAUCCGGGAGGAGCGGGGAGAGGAGGUGCUGGUGGAGCUGGCGGAGAACGGUAAGAAGGUGGUGAUCAACAAGGACGACAUCCAGAAGAUGAACCCGCCCAAGUUCAGCAAGGUGGAGGACAUGGCGGAGCUCACCUGCCUGAAUGAGGCGUCAGUGCUGCACAACCUGAAGGACCGCUACUACUCUGGACUGAUAUAUACGUACUCUGGUCUUUUCUGUGUGGUCAUCAACCCCUACAAGAACCUGCCCAUCUAUUCAGAGAACAUCAUAGAGAUGUACAGAGGAAAGAAGAGACAUGAAAUGCCUCCACACAUUUAUGCCAUCUCUGAGUCAGCAUACCGCUGCAUGCUCCAAGAUCGAGAGGACCAAUCGAUUCUUUGCACAGGCGAGUCGGGAGCGGGCAAGACGGAAAACACAAAGAAGGUCAUCCAGUACCUGGCCCAUGUUGCCUCCUCACACAAAGGACGCAAAGACCACAACAUUCCUCCCGAUUCUCCCAAAGCAUUCAAGCUACAGGCAAGUGGAUCCCCCGGCGAGGGUGUCGUCUAUCUUCAUGGGGAGUUGGAACGUCAGCUCCUGCAAGCCAAUCCAAUCCUUGAGUCGUUUGGCAAUGCCAAGACGGUGAAAAACGACAAUUCGUCUCGCUUUGGGAAGUUCAUCAGAAUCAACUUUGACGUUACCGGCUACAUUGUUGGGGCCAACAUUGAAACCUAUCUUCUAGAAAAGUCAAGAGCCAUCAGACAGGCAAAAGAGGAGAGGACUUUCCACAUUUUCUAUCGCCUGUUGGCAGGAGCUGGAGAGCAUCUUCGAACGGAUCUGCUUCUUGAGGGAUUCAACAGCUACAGGUUCUUGUCAAACGGCAACAUUCCCAUCCCGGGUCAGCAAGACAAGGAGAAUUUCCAGGAGACAAUGGAGGCGAUGCACAUCAUGGGUUUCUCCCAUGAUGAAAUAGUCUGCAUGUUAAAGGUGGUUUCUGCCGUGCUGCAGUUUGGCAACGUCGUGUUCAAGAAGGAGAGGAAUACCGAUCAAGCCUCAAUGCCUGAGAACACAGCGGCGCAGAAGCUCUGCCACCUGCUUGGCAUGAAUGUUAUGGAGUUUACCCGAGCCAUCCUGACCCCGAGAAUCAAAGUGGGACGAGACUACGUGCAAAAAGCUCAGACCAAAGAACAGGCUGACUUUGCUGUGGAGGCCCUGGCCAAGGCGACAUAUGAGCGGCUGUUCCGCUGGCUGGUCCACCGCAUCAACAAGGCCCUGGACAGGGCCAAACGACAGGGUGCCUCCUUCAUUGGCAUCCUGGAUAUUGCUGGCUUUGAGAUCUUCGAGCUGAACUCCUUCGAGCAGCUGUGCAUCAACUACACCAACGAGAAGCUGCAGCAGCUCUUCAACCACACCAUGUUCAUCCUGGAGCAGGAGGAGUACCAGAGGGAGGGCAUCGAGUGGAGCUUCAUCGACUUCGGCUUGGACCUGCAACCGUGCAUCGACCUUAUCGAGCGGCCGAAUAAUCCUCCAGGAAUCCUGGCUUUGCUUGAUGAGGAGUGCUGGUUUCCCAAAGCCACAGACAAGACAUUUGUGGACAAAGUGCUGCAGGAACUGGGCACACACGCCAAGUUCCAGAAACCGCGGCAGCUGAAAGACAAGGCAGACUUCUGCAUCAUCCACUACGCCGGGAGGGUGGACUAUAAAGCUGAUGAAUGGCUCAUGAAGAACAUGGAUCCUCUGAAUGAUAACGUGGCCACGCUGCUCCAUCAGUCAACUGACAAAUUUGUGGCUGAGCUCUGGAAAGACGACAUUCAGACGUUUCAGAGAGCCUCUUUCUAUGACAAUGUGUCUGGGCUCCAUGAAGCUCCAGGUGAAUUUGACCGGAUCGUGGGUCUGGACCAGGUGGCAGGCAUGAACGAGACGGCCUUCGGCGCUGCCUACAAGACCAAGAAAGGCAUGUUUCGCACGGUUGGACAGCUGUACAAAGAGCAGCUGUCCAAACUGAUGGCCACACUCAGGAACACAAAUCCCAACUUUGUGCGCUGCAUCAUCCCCAACCACGAAAAAAGAGCUGGGAAGCUGGACCCCCACCUGGUUCUGGACCAGUUGAGAUGUAACGGCGUGUUGGAGGGGAUCCGUAUUUGCAGACAGGGAUUCCCAAAUCGAAUUGUUUUCCAGGAGUUCAGACAGAGGUAUGAGAUCCUCACUCCCAACGCCAUUCCUAAAGGUUUCAUGGACGGGAAGCAGGCGUGCGAGCGAAUGAUUCAAGCACUAGAGCUUGAUGGCAACCUCUUUCGUAUCGGCCAGAGCAAAAUAUUUUUCAGAGCUGGAGUCCUGGCUCACUUAGAGGAAGAGAGAGACCUGAAGAUCACCGACAUCAUUAUUUACUUCCAGGCCGUCUGCAGAGGAUACCUGGCACGCAAAUCCUUUGCUAAGAAACAGCAGCAGCUCAGCGCCCUGAAGGUCCUGCAGAGAAACUGCGCUGCUUACUUGAAGCUUCGUCACUGGCAGUGGUGGAGACUGUUCACCAAGGUGAAGCCACUGCUGCAGGUGACCAGGCAGGAGGAGGAGAUGCAGGCUAAAGAUGAAGAGUUGGUCAAAGUGAAGGAGAAGCAAAUGAAGGUGGAAGGAGAGCUGGUGGAGAUGGAGAGGAAACACCAGCAGCUAAUGGAAGAGAAGAACAUCCUCGCGGAGCAGCUGCAGGCGGAAACGGAGCUGUUUGCCGAGGCGGAGGAGAUGAGAGCGCGGCUGGCGUCCAAAAAGCAAGAGCUGGAGGAGAUCCUGCAUGACCUGGAGUCCAGGCUGGAGGAGGAGGAGGAGAGGAGCCAGGGGGUCCAGAACGAGAAGAAGAAGAUGCAGUCCCACAUCCAGGACCUGGAAGAGCAGCUGGAUGAGGAGGAGGCUGCGAGGCAGAAGCUUCAGCUUGAGAAAGUUACGGCUGAAGCCAAGAUGAAGAAGUAUGAAGAGGAUAUUCUGGUGCUGGAGGACCAGAACUCCAAGUUCCUGAAGGAGAAGAAGCUGGUUGAAGACAGAAUCAAUGAAAUGACGUUGAUGCUAGCUGAGGAGGAGGAGAAAGCCAAAAAUCUGGGAAAGAUGAGAAACAAGCAGGAGAUGAUGAUGGUGGACCUGGAGGAGAGACUGAAGAAAGAGGAGAAAACCCGCCAGGAGCUGGAGAAGGCCAAGAGGAAGCUGGACGGAGAGACGUCCGACUUCAAGGACCAGAUAGGCGAGCUGCAGUCCCAGAUAGAGGAGCUCAAAGUUCAGCUGAGCAAGAAGGAGGAGGAACAGCAGAUGAUGCAAACCAGGGGAGAAGAGGAGAUCAACCAGAAGAACAACGCCCUGAAGCAGAUCCGGGAGCUGCAGGCCCAGCUGUCUGAGCUGCAGGAGGACCUGGAGUCGGAGAAGCAGGCCAGGAACAAGGCGGAGAAACUCAAGAGGGAUCUGAGUGAGGAGCUGGAGGCGCUGAAGACGGAGCUGGAGGACACGCUGGAUACGACCGCGGCGCAGCAGGAGCUCAGAACCAAGCGUGAGCAGGAGGUGGCAGAGCUGAAGAAAGCCAUCGAAGAGGAGACGAAAAACCACGAGGCUCAGAUUCAGGAGAUGAGACAGAGGCACGCGACCGCCUUGGAGGAGCUGUCCGAGCAGCUGGAGCAGGCCAAGAGGUUCAAAGCUAACCUGGAAAAGACCAAGCAGAGCCAAGAGAGUGCCAACAAGGAGCUGGCCAACGAGGUGAAAACCUUACAGCAAGCAAAGACCGAGUCCGAGCACAAGAGGAAGAAGCUGGAGGGUCAGCUGCAGGAGUUCAUGGCCCGAGUCACCGAGGGCGAGCGGGCCAAGGGCGAGCUGGCUGAACGCACACACAAGCUGCAGACCGAACUGGACAACGUGUCGGCCUUGCUGGAAGACGCAGAGAGGAAGGGCAUCAAGAUGGCCAAAGAUGUUUCCGGAUUGGAGAGUCAGCUACAAGACACACAGGAGCUUCUCCAGGAGGAAACCCGCCAGAAGCUGAACCUGAGCAGCCGCAUCCGGCAGCUGGAGGAGGAGAAAGCCGCUCUGCAGGAGCAGCAGGAGGAGGACGAGGAGGCCCGCAAGAACCUGGAGAAGCAGCUGCUGAGCGUCCAGGCUCAGCUGUCGGAGAGCAAAAAGAAGCUGGAUGACAACGUUGGAACAAUAGAAAACCUGGAGGAGGCGAAAAAGAAGCUCCAGAAGGACCUGGAGCUUUCCAGCCAGCGUCUGGAGGAGAAGACCAUUGCUUUUGAGAAGUUGGAGAAGACGAAGACUCGGCUUCAGCAGGAACUGGAUGACCUCACCGUGGACUUGGAUCACCAGAGGCAGAUCGUCUCCAACCUGGAGAAGAAGCAGAAGAAGUUUGACCAGAUGCUGGCCGAGGAGAAGAGCAUCUCGGCCCGCUACGCCGAGGAGCGGGACCGCGCCGAAGCCGAGGCCAGAGAAAAGGAGACCAAAGCUCUGUCCAUGACCAGAGCUCUGGACGAGGCGCUGGAGGCCAAAGAGGAGCUGGAGCGGAUCAACAAGCAGCUCCGAGCCGAAAUGGAGGACCUGAUGAGCUCAAAGGACGACGUCGGCAAGAACGUCCACGAGCUGGAGAAGUCCAAGCGCACGCUGGAGCAGCAGCUGGAGGAGAUGAAGACUCAGCUGGAGGAGCUGGAGGACGAGCUGCAGGCCACGGAGGACGCCAAGCUGCGUCUGGAGGUCAACAUGCAGGCCAUGAAGGCCCAGUACGAGAGAGACCUGCAGGGCCGCGACGACCAGAACGACGAGAAGAAGAGAGCUCUGGUCAAGCAGGUGCGAGAAAUGGAAGCUGAGUUGGAGGAUGAGAGGAAGCAGAGAGCUCUGGCUGCAGCAGCGAAGAAGAAGCUGGAGAUGGACCUGAAGGACAUCGAGGGACACAUAGAGGGCGCCAACAAGGCCCGGGACGAAGCCAUUAAGCAGCUGCGCAAGUUACAGACUCAAAUGAAGGACUACCAGAGGGAGCUGGAGGACACCCGGGCUUCCAGAGACGACAUCUUCGCCCUGUCCAAGGAGACGGAGAAGAAACUGAAAAGCCUAGAGGCCGAGAUCGUUCAGCUGCAUGAGGACCUGGCUGCCUCUGAGAGGGGGCGGCGUCACGCCGAGCAAGAACGAGACGAGCUGCAGGACGAAAUCUCCAACAGCACCUCUGGAAAAGCCGCCCUGAUGGAUGAGAAGAGGAGGCUGGAGGCCCGGAUCGCCCAGCUGGAGGAGGAGCUGGAGGAGGAGCAGGGCAACAUGGAGCUGCUCAACGACCGCUUCAGGAAAACAAACAUGCAGGUGGACACUCUGACCACGGAGCUGAGCGCAGAGCGCAGCGCGGCGCAGAAGAGUGAAAACGCCCGGCAGCAGUUGGAACGUCAGAACAAGGACCUGCGUGCCAAACUGAGCGAGCUGGAGGGUUCGGUGAAAAACAGGUUCAAGGCCUCCAUCACCGCUCUGGAGGCCAAGAUAGCACAGCUGGAGGAGCAGCUGGAGCAGGAAGCCAGGGAGCGGGGGGCGGCCAACAAGAUCGUCAGAAGGACGGAGAAGAAGCUGAAAGAAGUCUGCAUGCAGGUGGAGGACGAACGUCGCCAUGGUGAUCAAUUUAAAGAGCAACUGGAGAAGGCCAACUCCCGCAUGAAGCAGCUGAAGCGGCAGCUGGAGGAGGCGGAGGAGGAGGCCACCCGGGCCAACGCCUCGCGCAGGAAGCUGCAGAGGGAGCUGGACGACGCCACAGAGGCCAGCGAGGGCCUCAGCCGCGAGGUUCACACCCUCAAGAACCGACUCAGACGCGGCGGCCCCAUCACCUUCUCCACCAGCCGCUCUGGCCGACGCGCGCUGCAGGUGGAGGGAACCUCCCUGGACCUCCUGUCAGACGACGAGCUGGAAAACAAGAUCACCGACAACAACGCCAACGAGACCCCGACCCCCCAGCAGGAGUAGAUGCAUACACAUCACUAAACCGGCAACAAUCACUCAGACUUCAACUGCUCCAACAGGGAACCCUCCGAUUCCUUCAUCUCUUCUGUUUUACUGACUUUUUUUCUUUUAAAAAAAAUAUUUGCCUAAUUAUUUCCCAUGUAAUUUUAGUCAGAAGCCCUUAUCAGAUUAACCUUUAGAAGACACCAGCAGUUGGACCUCCAACAGUCCUCCUUUAGCAAGGCAUUGCCUGUGUUUAGUUACAGAGCUGUAGGCAGAAGUUUAGAAAUAGGAAAACCCAACUUUUGUUCAUGGAGUUGGUGAUAAAUAUUAUCUGCUGGUCCAGCGGUUAGCUGUUCAAUAAUUGUGCCACCAGCACUGGAAAAUGAUCAAAUCAGAAAGGAGCCGUUUGUGUUCCAGCGUCUGUGCAAAGGUAUUCGGGAAACAAUUUUUCCACAUUCUGUCAAAUUAAAACGGCAAACUUCUGUGUAUUUUGUUGGGAUUUUAUGUGAUAGCAACACAAAGAGAUAAUCUGAUUUAUCGCUCCUGGCUCAGAGGUUUGUAGAUUUACAGCUUCGGGUCUUUUAGGUUUGUCUCUACCAGCUCUGAGUUUUUGCCUGUUCUUUAAGCUUUGAGAAUGUCUGGAUUUACUCAAUCUAAAGUUUGGACUGGAACAGUUUAACAUGCUUUGAUCUGAAACCUGCGGCUCCAGAGAAACAUGUGGCUCUCGCAAAACCAAAACGGAAAUGUUUUUGAUUAUGGAUUCAUCAAGAAAUGGAGAGUUUUUUCCAUAUUUUCAUAUGCAAAAUCUGCUUUUAGUACCUGCAACAGGGUUUCAAAAGCAACUAGCUUCAAACUAUGCUACAUACAUUUUCCAUAUUUAUAGAAAAGGCUCACCUCAUUCUACAAUUAUUAUUACUUUUAUUUACUUUAAUCCUAAACUCUGAAAAUCGAAAUAAAUUUUUGUUUUAUUUUAUUAGCAUUCAUAGUAAAACAGUUUAUGUGGUAAAACAUUCUGGGUUAUCAAACUAAAAGGGGCUGUAAAAUUUAAACUUUUAUUUCUAAAUUGGAAAAACAAGGGACACUUUUUCUUCCAGCUCACCGAUAUUUUUUAAUCCACCAUAUAAAAUCCCAAUAAAAUGAAUUUUGUGGUUUGAAGGUGAGAAAAUGUGAUGCAAACCUUUGUGAGACGUAAACAAACACCAUCAUGAGUUUUUUUCUUUGUCACUGCUUGAGUCUUGUGGAUUAGUUUAAUUCUCAGCUGAGUUGUGAUUGAGUCGUGCUUCGUCUGCUCGCUUCUACAUGGAUAUUGAACUGUGACUGUGUGCUGCCUCAGUGCUUCAGCUGACAUCCUGUUCAGCGUCAGCGCUAAAAACAGCAACUACGCCCAUGUUAUCUUUCUUCUUCUUCUGUGCCUUUUUCAUACUCCUGAAGCUGCACAUCCAUUUGUAUCACAUAUAUAGUUCAUGUAUUGAACCAUGUAUAAUGUCAUGCAGGUAUUUUCUUAAAAAAUAUCAUAAAUUUGCAUAUUUAAUGAAAUAUUAGUUGCAACCCAGUGAAUGUCUUCCUUCGGUGUUGCAUGUUAUUGAUGAUUCGUCAGCAGUGUGGGAAUCUCUGUAGGUGGGUGCUAUGACUUUCCUUAUUGACAGCUUUUGUACUUUUUGAGUUCUUGAGAAAUGAAGACAAUGCAAUAGAUAUCAGCUCUAUUCAUAUCUCUGCUAUUGUUUACAAUACAGACGACAUUCAUAUUCCGA